UUGCCCACUCCGGAUGUACCCCACUAGCGAAUAACUAGCAGCAGUGUGUGUGAAUGUGGCAACCGAGGUAGACAGGGAGGGGUAGAUCGACUGACCGGACAAGGUUUUUUUUUUGUUGUCUUCGUCCUUUCUUUUUCUUUUCUCACAGUGCCAAGUGUGUGCUCUUUCUGUGACGCCACGGCGGUAAACUUGCCCAUAGACGUGACCGCCCGGCUGCCGUCGCUGCUCCUCGGGACGAACCGUUGUGAAAACAGCCCAGAAGAAAGAAGAAAAAAAGGGAGAAACAACAUGGGGCGAUAAUAAUAAAAAAAAGGUGUUGUGGUAUGGAUCGACGAUGAGUCUUUGGGAGGAUCCGUAACGCUUAUUUAUUUUUAUUUAUUCCCGCCCCAAUUCCCUUAUCCUGCUGUUCCUUUUUUUUUUGUUUAAUUUUUUGAAAUUUUCUCCUCCCUUCCUCAUUUGGGAGGUUUGCUAUUUUUUUUUCCAAGAAGGGAACAAGGCAACAGGAUACGCUACAAGAGGACUGAAGGAUGGACCAAGCCGGCAUCCUGAGAAAGUUUAUCCAGGGGGUGAAGGCCAUGAGCGAGGGGGACGAGGAGAGGGGAGAGGACAACUUCGGCAGCGACUUUAUGCGGUUACGACGGUUGUCGACGAAAUAUCGGACUGAGAAGAUCUACCCCACCAACGUAGGAGAGAAGGAGGAGAAUGUCAAGAAGAACCGAUAUAAAGAUAUACUGCCAUUUGAUCACACCAGGGUGAAGCUGACGUUAAAAACGACCAAUCAGGACACAGAUUACGUCAAUGCCAACUUCAUCAAGGGUAUGGACGGCCCCGAGGCCUACAUCGCUACUCAGGGCCCGCUUCCCAACACCGUGUGCGACUUCUGGAGGAUGAACUGGGAGUACAACGUAGCUGUUAUUGUGAUGGCAUGUCGAGAGUUUGAGAUGGGACGGAAAAAGUGUGAGCGGUAUUUCCCGCUGCUUGGGGAGGAGCCGAUGAGUUUUGGCCCUUUCAGAAUCUCCUGUGAAUCCGAGCAGGCCAGAACGGACUACUUUAUCAGGACUCUGACGGUGGAGAAUGACAACGAAACUCGGAGGAUAACCCAGUUUCAUUACAUGAACUGGCCGGAUCACGACGUCCCCUCGUCCUUUGACUCCAUACUGGAUAUGAUCGGACUAAUGAGAGAAUACCAAGAGAACGACGAUGUCCCAAUAUGUGUGCACUGCAGUGCCGGCUGUGGGAGGACGGGGGCCAUCUGCGCUAUCGACUACACAUGGAACCUCCUCAAAGCCGGGAAAAUCCCCGAAGAUUUUAAUGUUUUUCGGUUGAUCCAAGAGAUGAGGACGCAACGACACUCCGCCGUGCAGACCAAGGAGCAGUACGAGUUAGUUCAUAAAGCCAUCGCCCAGAUCUUUCAGAAAAAACUGCAGCUACUGGAGAGCCCGACUGCCAAGAUACAAGAAGGCAUGAUGACAAAAGAAGCGGCCCGAGUCUUAAAAUGCAGCGCUAACAACAGCAGUCCAGAUAAAGCAGGCCACCACUCGGAUGACGAGAGAUGGGACACGCCUCCUCCGAAACCUCCCCGCGUACGCAGUUCGCAGGCGGAGGGCGACGUGAAGGAGGAGAUACUCCAGCCCCCGGAGCCUCACCCCGUACCUCCCAUCCUGACCCCGUCUCCGCCUUCGGCCUUCCCCACCGUCACCAACGUGCGGCCGGACAACGACCGCUACCACCCCAAACCUGUCAUCCACGUCCUGGCUACUGCACAGAAUAAAGACGCGGACCAGCAGCAGUACCGGUCCGGCUGCAGUCCCAACAAGCAAACCAGUCCCGCAGAGCCGAAAGACCCAGAUCUACCGAGUCAGAAACCGCAGACUCAGGCCUCAAAUAAUGACCUCAAUGACUACAGCAACACGUUGACGUCCUCCGCCCAAAGCCAGACUUCCUCGUCGCCCCUCCCCCCGGCUGUUGAAUGUUCCGGUGCUCCCCGGAUCGAGAGGAAGCUGAGCAUCGAGAUCAAAAAGGUGCCGCUGCAGGAGGGACCUCGUAGUUUUGACACGUCCUCCGCCUCCGUCGUGGCGGGAGGAGGAGGAGGAGGAGGAGGAGGUGGAGGAGGAGGAGGAGGAGGAGGAGGCCCGGCCAACAGCGCAGGGGCCCUGCAGAGAACCCACGCCAUCAAAGCCCGCUCCGCUGCCUCCCUGCUGACGUCGAGCUCCUCGCUGUCGGAGGACUCGGGCACAGAGGGAGGGGCGGGCGGAUGCGUGGAGUGUCUCGCGGGCGCCCCGGCCCGACCGAACUACCUGCCCAUGACGAGCGAGAAGGGGGAGGCGCCCUGCGGAGAGAGGGCGGAGGCGAAGGCCGGCCAUGCGGCGUGGGCCCAGGCGGCCUGCAACAGCCCGGAAAAACAUUUCCCCAAAAGCACCUCGUCGCCGUCCUGUGAUCGCGUCGCUCCAUCCUCGUCCUCCUCCCACCUCUCCUCCUCCUCCUCUUCCACCACCACCUCCUCCUCAACAACACCCGCAAGGACUGCCCUGAGUUUCACCAACCCGCUGCACUCCGACAAUUCGGACGAGGAGGGGGACGGAGAGAUGUCCGUUGGGAAGGAGGGUAGUCGCACUAACAUAUCCACGGCAACAGCCGUGGUGACCACGUCGUCUCACCGCGGAGAGCAGCAGCCAGUCCGAAAGGUGUCGCCCAUGUCCAUCGCGGGGCAGAGCGCUGCAAACUGCUGGGACAGCGACGACUCCCCUCCCCCCCUCCCCAAGAGAACCCCCGAGUCCUUCCUGCUGGCCACAGACCCCCUGGAAGGGAAACCCUCGGCCGAAUGGGCCGCUUCACGUAAAGGCGUGUCGGAGUGCGUUAAGAAGACGUCUCCGACUGAUCCUGCAUCUGCUGGCACCACAAACAGCAAGGCUGACCUGGGUGGGGUUCGGUAACCGCUGCAUUCAGCCCAAAGGCCCCCGGGAACCCCCUCUGGAGUGGACAUAAUGGGGACCGUCCAUCUGCAGUGUCCUCCCCUGUCGAGAGAUCGGACCGUACCAUCUCACCUGGCUGGUCCAAAAAAAAGAAAAACCUAGUUGAUGGAUGCCACGCAGACAGACGGCACACUUUUACCCAGAAACGCCUUCUGUGUAACUCUGUGCGAUACCUCCUGCUCCUCCUCGGUCCUUCCUUCAAAGUGACUGUGCAGAGCAGACGAACACUUACUGGUCAAGUGGCAUGUCCACGUUUUUCUUGCUCAGCUCGCUGAUGCUGUUGGUUUUCUCUUCUCCUGACGCUGGAUUCCUGUUAGUGGUUAAAGAAUAACUCCUGUUUUCCGGUGAAAUUUGCUAAACAAAAACAUGCAUUUGAAUCUCUUGCUUCAGAUGUGUCAUGUAAAUCUGUGAGGCUGAAUGAAGAGAGAUGUUUAAGAUAUCUUUUUUUUUUUCAUUAUAAAUCAGGAAUUAUCUUGAAUCAGAAAAGCUACUGUGGGAAGCGGAUUGCUGGGGCUUAACUGAACCGCCAUCAGGUGUCUGCUUCCUUUCUCUGAACAAACAACAAUCAAAAAAACAAAGAUAAUGUGUUACCCAUGAUGCAACCUUUUCCGUAGGGUAUGUACAAGUCAGGAUGCUCCCUCCCUCUGUCUCUGUGCUGGUGCUGCAUUACGAAGGACCGGCAUGGAGGCAGGAGCCCUAAAGCUGAAUGUUAACAACCUUUUAACCGGUUUCCUGUAGGAUUUAUUCCUGCAUUGUCUGCAGCGCCUUCAGCUUCAGACUACUUGAUAUUUCUACGCUGAGCUCAGUUUACCAGAGACCUAGAUUGACGUAGUUUGGUCAUUGCGGUAGUCUGCCGGCUCCUUUUUGUUUUUUUAAACGUGCUGUUAUCAAAAAGAUAUUUGGGAAAUGAACUGCUAUGGGUUUGUUGAGAAGUUCCAUCCCACUCUCAUGUCUGUAUGUGCCACGGGAGCCAGAAGCUGCUUAGCUUAGCAUCUGGACUUUUUUUUUUUUUUUUUUUACACUUCAGUUUUUGCACUUAUGGAAUAAAUAACACGCAAAGCAUUAGUGGGUGAGCUGUGGCAGUGUGGGUCGCCGGACGUUACGUCUUGGCAAAACCUCGAGGUUUGGUGAUGACUGAUGCGUCGCGUUCACUAUGAUUUGCAAAAAGUUGAACCAAAGAGCGAUGUUCCCUUCUUAAAUUAUCAUAAUACAUUUUUUUUUCCUUCCCCCUUCCAGUUUUUUUCUGUUUUCAUUCUCCUCCCCUUGAUUGAUCCACCAUGCAGGUCAAUUAUCUUUGACUUGAUUAUCUUUAUUUUUAGCAGCCGGUUUACUCAGUGUUCCAGAGUAGACUCUUAUAGGACUUGACAGAUUCAUGUAAAGUGUGGUUUCCCGUGACAACAAGUUUUCUUCAAAUCGGACUUGUAUGGAUUUUAAUCUUGAGGGCCAAAUAAAAAUAAAGUCAUACUUUAUCUGCUUCUGUAUGUGUGAAACGAUGAUAACAGGGACUCAGGACUCCGGUUUCCUCCUCAUUCGCCUGCUUCAUUAGCGACCAUAACUAUCCGGUAUAUGCAUUGUUUUAUAAAGAUGAAGAAAAGUCUGUACAGGGAAUUUUCCGUAUAUAUUUCAGAUUUAUUAUCUCCUGGAUAUUAUUAUUAACAGAAGCUGUAAGAAAGUCCGUGCAUGAUGAUGAUUCCUCCCCUACGCAGCGUUUUCCUUCAAUCUGUAAAUUAUUCCGUUCUGCCGCCCGUUUUAGUUUCUUUGCUUCUGGCAAAUAUCUGAGGUUUGUUUUCAUGCCUUAUGUUUGGAGUUCAUGCUUAAAAAGAUGUAAAAUGUAGUUUUAAUUGGUUGGCAGGAGUAAAGCGUUGAGUGCCAUCCAGCCCCCUUAAAGAUAGCUACACCGCGCUUCGAAUAAGAUUGUAAUAAUAAUAUAAAUGAUGAUGAUGAUGAUAAUAAUGGUCAUUUUCUUUUGUAAAUGCUAUUUUAAAGUUAUUUUUGUAUACACUGUUUGUUGCGUCUCAAGUCCCACUUCUCUCUUCUCACACUUUUCUCCACCUUUUUCUUUUUUUCAGCUCUUUAAUGCAGAAUUUGAAAUCCGAUAGAUCCUCCCCACAAACCCUCCCUGCUUUUCUUUUAAUUUCAAAAAUCGUCGUUUGCAACACGCCUAUCUCCGCGCCAACGGAUCAGUACACUUGAGAAAUCCAUCCCUUCCUCUGCGGUGGGUCAAAUGAACUAAAUACGCUGAAUUACACUGUUAAAUGGACACACUGAGAAAACCAAACCAGUCUUUGAAAAGAUUUUCCAACGGCCCCUUCUCGUACACACUAGCCUCGAUCCCGGAGAAAGAGCCCACCUGUGCCUUUAAGUGAGAGCCCGGCCCUCGUCCUCGCUCCUCCAACCACCAUCAGCGGCGGGACGUGAACAAUGUGAUUUGUUCGCUGCUGCUUGCUCAACGCCUACUGUGGGACUCUCCUCUUACCCCCCCCACCCCCCAUCUCCCCACCCCUCCCUACACACACACACACACACACACACUCACACGCCUCGUGCCCUUCCUUACACACAUAAACACACAAACGUUUGUAUGUUGCAGAAAUCAAUCAGUAAAAAUGAACAUCAAGUAAAAA